UGGAUAUAGUUCGCCUUUUUGAAAUUAGGAUACACAGUCAAGGUCGUUGUCACUCUGCAUUAUGAAGAUGACAUCUAAUAAAACCAGUUGGUGUCCAGGACUAUGUUGGUCAGUCGUGUGGUUACUGAUAUGGUUUCUCGCUUGGCCCAUGGCAUUUAUUUUGGCCGUGGUUGAAGUAUUUCUAAUACCUUUUUGUGUAUGCUUCGAGAAAGCCAAGACUGCUUGCGAAUUCAUUGACAGGAUAUAUAAGGUGAGUUUCUUUCUUUCUGACUAUGAACCUUGUGUGCUUUGUCAUGAGGAAGUCCAUUGUGCUGAUAAAUAGUAGAUGCACGGUAUAAAAUAGUACGAGAGGUUUUCAGCCACCGGAGAAUAAUUCUUCGUUAUUUUGAAUCCGGCUUCCUUCAGAUAAUUGCUUGCUAUAUCGAUUUUUGCAUUUGAUCCAAUAGACAAUGCUAGAUAUAUGCGUCCUCUAUUGUAUAAUCCUGGAAUACCUGUUCCUUCAUCAGAUGGUGAAGCUCCCCAGUUUGUCUGAUGACACGUCUGAUGAUAUACGUUUUGUCUAUUUUUCGGACAAGUUCCAUAACAAAAAAUACCUCGUCAAUGUAGAGAAUAGCACUUCUUCUUCUUCAUAAAAGCCUUCUAAUUGUUUGCCUUCAUUGUAUACUCGUGUUAGUGUACGCGCAUGCAUAUACGCUUGUGUAAUUGUUUCAUAUGAAUUGUGCAUAUAACCAGUCUGUAGUUUAUAGUGUACUAUUUAUUAUAUCUAAGAUCACACAUUUAUAAAUACUCUUUAAUAAUUUAUCACUCUUGUGGUGAUUUGCUUUCCUAUUCUUUUUGUUCUACUCGUCAAGUGUGCUGAUACUGUUUUCGUUUAUUUUUUACCUCAUUCCAAAGUUGUUUUUUCAAAAAAUGCAAAUAUUACGUAUAUACUCAUAAUUUGCCUUACUUAGUUCUUAUAUCUAGUAAAUAUAUCCUAUUCUGUCUUUUGGCUGUUGCAUUUUAACACUCAGUUUAUUGUAACUGUUAAAUACACACAAACACACGCAUACACAUUUAUAUAUACAUUUGCCCAUUCUGUUCAUCAAGCACAUAUAUUCGAAUAUGAUUUUUUUGUGUGUAUGUUGACACUAUCAUCAUCUCUACCUACAUCCAUGAUAUUCACUACUCUACAAUGUUUUUGAGAGCAUAAAGACUUCAUUACUGUAUCACACAUUUGUUAUUAUACUACUAAUGUUGUUGCCAUUUUUGUCGCCAUCAUUGUUGUUCUCUUUCUUCUUCUUAUUGUUGUUGUUCUAUCCUAGAGAGAUUGUGAUUUCUGUGAUAUCGAUACAUUUCCACAUAGGCUCCUUCGCCUUACACAUCCUCACUAUCUGCCUCAUUGUUGUCAUAUUUCAAACAAAUCACUAAUGUUACAAAGGGUAUAUAUACACACACGUACUUACGCACGCAAGUACACACAUGUUUCCCCCUAUUUUAUAUACCAUUCGCUUUUCUUAUAUGUAAAUGCUGUAUACUUAUUUGUAACCUUGUUUUCAAAUCUUUCAUCUCUAUUAAAAAUGAUUAUUCAGUAAUAACCUUAAAUUAAUUUCUAGUACACUUGAUUUCUCCUUUGCUAGAAAUCAUUAUGUACCUAUUAUUAUUAUUAUUAUUAUUAUUGCAAUUUAUCUAAUUUCCAGAAUUUUUAAAACAGCUAUUUCUGUCGAACUACUUUUCUUCCUGCCUAGCUGUUGUAUGUUAUUUCACAGCCAUUGGAACUUGUGUUUUUCUUCUACUUGCUUUCUUCAUGUAUGUGUGUGUGUGCGUAUGUGUGAUACUUAGAUAGCAGGCGGUAGCGGUACUGCGAAAGUAUCAUGAAUGAAAUCUAAAUUGUGUGCAUUAUAUUAUUAAUUUUUCUGUGUAAUCAAUGUGUACUUAUAUAAUGUGAAUAUUAU